AUGCUAUCGCAGCGGCAUGACGAUCAAACCUCGCAUAUCGGCAAUGGCCGACUAGCUUUGAUACUCUGUGGCCUUUGCUUGGCCGUUUUUCUGACUGGCAUGGAUCAAACCAUUCUGGCGACCGCCACCCCGAGAAUCAGCAACGAGUUCCGGGCAAUAUCUGACAUUGGGUGGUGGUCAAACGCCUAUCUUUUGACUCUCAGUAGUUUCCAGCUCUUCUACGGGAAACUAUAUACUCUCUAUCCUAUCAAGUUUGUGUAUUUGGCCGCCAUCGCGCUCUUUGAGGUUGGUUCCUUGGUCUGCGCUACGGCUCCGAAUUCCAUUGCCUUGAUUGUGGGCCGAGCCAUUGCUGGCCUCGGUGCUGCUGGCAUAUUUUCUGGGGGAAUAUUGAUCACCACCAAAAUUGUCCCGCUCUCGCGCCGCGCUGGGUAUCUCGGCAUCAUGUCGGGAGCAUUUGGCCUUGCAGCCAUCAUCGGGCCCUUCUUGGGUGGCGCUCUAACGGACCGCGCAACCUGGAGAUGGUGCUUUGGUAUCAACCUUCCCAUCGGUGCAAUUACCGCCGCGGUGUGCGCUGUCCUGGUCCGUAUACCAUCCGAGACGGAAGGAUCCCCCUCCGGCUUUCUCUCCAAACUCAGGCAGCUCGAUAUCCUUGGAACUGUCCUCAUGGUCACAUCGGUGAUAUGUCUCCUAAUUGCACUACAAUGGGGCGGUUCAACCUAUCCUUGGACCAAUGGCCGUGUCAUUGCUCUAUUUGUGGUCUUUGGGUUCCUGGCCGUUGCCUUUGUCAUUACGCAAACAACCUCGCUGACCGGCCAGGCAAAAGUUAUUCCUCCCACACUGCUCCGAAAUAGGGACAUCUGGCUGGCCGUGAGCUACGCCAUGUGCAUCACCGGUGGCGUCUACGUGGCUGUUCUGUAUCUUCCCGUUUGGUUCCAGGCUGUGCAGGGCGAUUCGGCUCUUUCGUCGGCGACCAUGCUGACGCCUCUGAUCGCCGGCUACGUGGUUUGUUCCGUGGUUGCCGGCAUUCUCACCAGCGCCCUUGGGUACUACAACCCAGGGAUGAUUGCUGGCACGGCACUAGCCAUUGCAGGGAGUGCACUUCUCGUAACGAUCAAGUUGCAAACAACAGCGGGGCGCAUUAUUGGUUACCAACUAUUAUACGGUUUUGGUGUAGGUUUCGGAUUCGGCCAGCCGAGCUACGUCGUCCAGACCAUCCUUGCUCCCUCCGAAGUGCCCAUCGGUGUCACUCUGAUUACCCUAUUCCAAAACCUCAGUGCCUCCAUCUUUGUAGCAGUGGCGCAAAGUAUCUUCCAGGGCGAAUUAGCUUCUCGGUUCAACAGCGUGGCUAGCUCUUCUUUCUCAAGUUCUGGAGCCGUUGACUUCAUCUCCUCCCUUCCCAUUGAAGAACAACAGAGCGCGAGAGAAGCAUAUGGUACGUCUUUGAUCAAAACACUGUACAUUUCUCUUGCUCUUAGUGCUGCAUCUACCGUGGGCGCACUCGGCAUCAGAUGGGGUUCAAUGAAGCAGGGAAAGAGUCCGGUAUCAACCGACGAGCAGAACGCUCAAGGCACUGAGAGCCAGGAGCACAAAGUCAAGGGCAGUAUACCAGAGGCACACGAAGAAACGACUACAAUGAAUUAA